UGCCAGUAAACAUUUUCAAAAAUUAAUUACCCGUUAAAAUGCGCGCCAAUUCUUUUAUUUAAACAGAGAGAAACGCCUUUAAUUGAACAAUGUAACGAGAGCUAUAAAAGUUAACUAGCCAAGCGCUGCUAGCCAGCUAAACGUUAGCUUGGUAAUGAUAAGUUUUGUCAACGGCACUGAGUUUCGAUUUCCCAGUAAUUUAUGUAGCUGUCAUCACUCGUUUGGGAAAUUGAGAACAGAACUAAAUUCGUCACUGUUCCCCUUCAGUGAUUAAUUAGAACGUCUGUAAUGUUUUCUCUUGCAAUAUCAGUAAAGUUGAUGGUGAAGCUUCUUGAAGUACUACACCAUGUUUCACCGCAACGCGGCUCCGGGAGUAUGGAGAGCCCCAAGGGAUGGCCUCUACCCGCCACCACAAGUAUCUCGACAUUAUGAAUACAACCAUAAAAGACUGGAAUGUGCUAACAGCUUCCAGCCUCUUGAACUUGAGAGGUUGUCUCAAUAUAAAUGGAACUCUCCACCGUUUACUGCUACACCUGUCCCUCCUCCCAGACUGCCUAUGACCAAUGGACGCAAGAGGCAGAAUAACGAAUACAGCCCUCAUGCAGUGAAGAGACAACGCAUCGACUCUUCCCACCCACAAGUCGUUUCUCCUUUACCAUGGACUCCUCCUCAUCCUCCUCGUCCCAACAAAGUGGUGGCAGAGUCUUCCAGAUCAUCGCUUGUUGAUUUUGAUCAUUCUUCCCCCGGUCCAUUCUUCCAUUGUCACUCACAGGUGCUUGUUGUCCCAGAAAGCCCCAACAGUCUUCAGACCUUCGCCAAAGACAAGCUGAGUAGUCAGAUGGUGGAGCUAUUUGAAGCAUGCCAGCAGCAGCCUUUAGAUUUGGAGCGGAAAGAGUUGUGCCGAGCUCAGCUGCAACAAGACAUACAACGUGUCUAUGCAGUGGGGCGACUUUAUUUGACCGGAUCAUCUAUUAAUGGAUUGGGUUGUCGGACCAGUGAUGCAGAUCUUUGCCUUGUCAUCCAGGGAAAUAAAAGACCGGAUCCUAUAUCUGUCCUGUCUCGACUCAAAAAUGUUUUCAGAUCACUCUCAUAUGUAGAACGGAUUCAGCUGAUAAGAGCCAAAGUACCAAUCCUAAGAUUCAGAGAGAAAGGCAGUGAACUGGAGUUUGAUCUGAAUAUCAACAACACAGUGGGCAUCAGAAACACAUUCCUUCUGAGGAGUUAUGCCUAUGCUGAUCUCAGGAUAAGACCCAUGAUUCUUGUUGUGAAGAAAUGGGCAAGGCAACAUCAAAUCAAUGAUGCCAGCAAAGGAACAUUAAGCAGCUACACGCUGGUGCUUAUGGUUCUUCACUACCUCCAGACUCGCAAGGAACCUGUCCUCCCAUCUCUACAAAGGGAUUACCCAGAGUGUUUUAAUCCCUUCAUGGAGGUAGACAUGGUUCCAGAAGGACCCAAAAACAUUCCUCCCUACAUUUCAAGAAACCAGUCCUCUCUAGGACAGCUGCUGUUGGGCUUUCUGAAAUACUACGCCACAGAGUUCAGGUGGGAUAAACAGGUGAUAUCUGUGCGGGAGGCCACAGCUUUGCCCAAGACCAAUUCUAAUGAGUGGAAAAACAAAUUCAUUUGUGUGGAAGAGCCAUUUGAAAGAAACAACGUUGCCAGGGCAGUCCAUGAGAAGAUCAAGUUUGAUGCCAUUAAAGCCCAGUUUGCUGAGUCGUUCCGGAUACUGAAGUUGAACAUGGACCUGAACUCGAUCCUCCCGAUCAGAGCCAUCAUCAAUAAAGAGUCAUCCAGGAGAUAAGCUGUUCCUUGGCUUAGAUGAGCCGAGUUGCAUCUUCUACCUCAAGAUGAACCUGUCCUGAUUCACGACCUGAUCGAAGGAUGAAAGAUGUGGGGGAGAGAAGCUUCAACACUUGACAGCCAGAGGGGAUCUGGUACUGAAUGAUCAGUGACCUGUGAGGCACAGUCUGUGUUUCCUGUGGCAGAUUUAUUUAGUGUUGCACUCAUCAUCCAUUUCUUUCCUGCCUCUGCUAUAUAUGUGCAAUUGUUUUUUUUUUUUUUUUUUCUGUUUUUGUUUUUUUUUUUUAUCAGUCAAUAAGUAAGGAUGACAAGUAUUUGUGGAGUAAAACCAGAGGGCUUUGAAAGCAAUAUCCUGUCACUGAAAAUGGUGACAGAGAGAUGCUGCAAUGAAGCAGGAUAAUAGUUUUUUUUUUUUUUUUUUUUGUUAAUAAAUGCUAUUUGUAUUGCUGCUACAUGGCCAUCUUUCCCAAUCCACCUAGAAAAUAUCUAGGCUUAAAUGAAUUACAUUUUGGUGUAAAAAAGGAAGUCUCAGCCUCUCGAUCUCCUUCAUUCUGUUUUAGUUACAUCCUUGUUGCAAUUGUACUGCACUGUUAUCAUCUAAAGAUGCCAAUUUUUUCCUGCACACAUGUACAUUGUAUUUAUAUUGACUGUUUGUAUCAAACUUGUGACAUUAAAGCCCUGUUUCUAUUUUUAUA